AUGACAACAGCCCAUCGGCCUACAUUUGACCCUGCCAGAGGCAAAGAGGCCAAGCUUGGCCCGGCGUACCACCAACGACUACAGCCAGCACACACUCUGCUCAAGGUCCGGCAGCCUGGUCAAGGUGGCAUAGCUGAUAAAGAGCAAAGAGACUUACGAGCCGAGCUACUCGCAGCAGAAGCCGCACAUUUUGCAAAGACCAAAGGCACGACGUCCGAGCCUGCAUCAGAGUCGCCCAAUCCUCCCAAGCGUUCGCUCGAGCAAGCCUCGGAUGACACCGGUGAUGAGGAUUCCGAAGCGAAACGACGGCGCAUCCUAGAGGAGACUCGAGAUAUCGAUGCUGAUUCGGUUGGGGACGAGGAUUCCGAGAGCAGUGACGAGGAAAGUGACGAUGAAGAAGCCGAACUCAUGCGCGAAUUGGAGAAAAUCAAAAGAGAACGAGCAGAGCAAAAGGCUCGAGAAGAGGCCGAUCAGGCAAAACAAGCAGAAGAUCUGCGAGAAAAGGACAUUGCACUCGGCAACCCGUUGCUCAACCCGAAAGCGUUCAAUGUGAAGCGGAGGUGGGACGACGACGUGGUCUUCAAAAACCAAGCCCGAGGGACCGAGCAGAAGGGCAACAAGGAGUUCGUCAACGUGCGUAUGCUCCGGAAAGCUCAGAUCUGUAUCUAA